AUAGGCCAACCAGACCCACCGCCUAACCAGAUGGAACUACCCAGGAUGCCGGGAAAGGAGACCUGAGAUCUGGAAGUUGGGAAACCCUCCGGGGCUGCCCAGCUGUUGGGAAGGAUGGCAUAGGAUGGAUCGGACUCUCCAAAACUCUCAAGAAGAAUGUGCACCUUUGCCCUUUGCCCAGGGGCCAGAGCCUGUUUGUCUGCCCAGUCACAUCCUCCAGUCCCAACACAUCAGCUCCCACAGGGGCUUCUGGAACAUUUCCAAGGCUGCUCCCAGGAGCCCGCCAGGCUCCUACAGCUGUCACAAUGUUGUGGCACCUGUUGGCCAGGGACAAUGAAGCAGGAGGGCCAGGAUGCUGCAGGGUCUUCUCUCCAAAGCAGGACACCACUUCCUCUGUAUUAACCAAGCCAUAGACUUGGAAAUCACCAAGUUAAUUUUCACAUGGACAGACUGAGUCACCUGGGGCCAGUGAUUUAUGCUCUCGGAGUCCUAAUCUUCUUGUAAACCAAAUUCCUGCUGCCCAGUCCGGCACCUGGUACAUAGCGGGGACUGGACAGGAAUCUGUUGAGUGCAUGACCAGGAAGCUGUAGGUGGAGGAGGCUGGGGUGGGGUGGGGGAGGGGAAUUCCCCUGCUGCUCCCCUGUCCUUUGGGAACCAGCUCGAGAAAGAAAUCCUCUGCCGCCCUUCCCACCCUACUCCAACUUUGGAUCUGCUCCCUGACCUCCUUCACUUGGCCCUAGUUCUCCACCCAGAGUCAACCCUGCCUGAAAGGCACCAUGUCCUGUCACCAAGGUCUCAAAAUAGGGAAAACAGUAUCUGAAGCCCUGAGCCUGCAGGAGAUAGGGCACCCCAGGGUACAAGGUUUCAACGAGGGGCUGGAAAAAGAGCCUAGACCCCAACACCUAUAGAAAGGGGCCCUGGCUGUCCAACUGUGAGUGGCCUUCCCCUUGCCUCUCAGCACACCUGGAAACGACUCCACAUGUGGGCGCCGCGGGAUGCUGGGUCCCAGCUGAACAACGCGUUUGGUCCACUCCUGCGAGGGGAGGAGAACGCCGAGGGACAGGAACUGCGCGCCAGCAAAAGACACCCUAACCUGGGGUGCGCCCGCCAGCUGCUUUCCCAAGGUGAAAACCUCCAAGAGGCGAGGUGCAAAUCUCAGUGGCGUCCACACCCGGAGCUGUCUUCCCUCCAGGUCGCCCCUCUGUCUCAUGCGACCAAUCCCUGCAGCCUUUGCUCAGCCUGGGACCAAGAAUCGGGAGUCCUACCCCUCCUCGGCUUUCUAGUCCCCUAACCCAAGAUGAGAGGGCGCGCGCCCGGGCUGGGGCAGAUUCAGGCCUCAUUUUCGUAGAUUGCACUCUCCGCCCCGGAGCAACCCGUUCCAGCAGCCCGCUUCCUGCCCCAUCAACGCUGCCGCGCCGUCGGUGUCUAGACGCGACACCCUGGCUAGGACAGGAAUCAAGCCAAAAAUUCAGGCUCGAGAAGCAAAGGCUGUGGGACCUCCUGGCUGGAAGAAAACGGCGGGUGGGUGGAGGAUGCGGUGCGCGGGAAUUUCCCCACGGACGCUUGCUGUUUUCUGCUCAUCUUUCAGGAAGGUGCCCCUCUACCUGCGCCCUGCCCUGCACUUUGGAGCUCGUCCUCGAGCUCAGCUACCCGCUGACUCCCUCCGCCCGCGCCCGCACACCACAGACUCCGCUUACCGUCCCCUACCCGGUUCUAGAGGGCCUAGAGGGGAUUGCCUGAAACCAACUCGCCUGCUUCGAGCCAGCCCCCAGAGUGGCGGGAGGCAAAGCAGCCAGAAUGCCCGAGAAAAAAAGUGGGCGUCGGAGGCCCUUGUCGUAGCGACUCCCCCCACCGCACCGAAUGAGUCCCGGGACUGCAAGGAUCUAAGCCCUUACCUGCCUCGGCGCCUCCUUCUGUGCGCUUUGCGGCUUCGGAAGCCGGAUCGAGGGUCACAGGAUGGUUGGGCGCGGGCGGGCCACUCGGUUUGCGCCUUGAGGACCCGGACUUGCACUUGCAAAGCCGCUGCGUGGGGGAUGUCCCUCUUUUUUCCUCCGCCCGGCGCGCUCCUCCGGCGUGUGGCGGUCUCUGGGUUCCAGCUGGAGUUGGCGCUCCGCCCCCACAGCUCUUUCCAGCGUCUCAGACCUGUGCGCCCCGCCCCGCGCUGGACUCCGCCCCGGGGUCCCCGCCUGCCUCCUACUCGAGGCCGAGGGUGGGUGCCCAGCUCCCGCACCCCACUGCGUGCUCUCGGGCUGGUGCGUCCAGGGCGCGGGCACCGUAGCUCCGGCCACGCUGACGCGAGUUCCCGAGCAGCGGCGCCCUCCCCUCGCAGGGAUUUCAGCGCCUUCGCAUCCCGUCUGUAUCGGACCACAGUAGCCGGGUUUCGACCGUGCGCUUUGGAACAGGGAGCACCGCCCUCUGCCGCCAGCUGUGGCACCGCACCCGGGUCGCGCGCGCAGGAGCGGAGAGUCCUGUCCUCCGGAGGUGCCCAGUGCCAGCGUCCGCGCCCACUUGAAGGUGACCCUUUCAAGGAAAGCCCGGCUCCGACAAGUGCGGCGUGGGCCUUUGGGGAUGGCGAUGAAGGAGGAGGCCCCCAGGAAGAAGCUGGGGAUAGGGGCAGUUUGCCCUGCUCAAAGCCCCUGAAGUCUUCACCCAAACUUUGCGACGACCACCACUAUCAGAUCCCAUGGCCCUGCAAAGACAAUCCCAGGAGUGCCUCAGCCUAUCUGUCCGGAGAGUCCGGAGCCCUUUACUUUGCUUCUAACAGGUUCGAACUCCUCCCACGACCUCCCUGGUUAAACACAGGAACUGCCCAUUCAAAUGACUGGUGCCCAGGAAGCUCUGGGCGUACAGGAUUGAACCUGUGGCAGGACUCUGAAGGUCUGAAAAGGUGUUUCCCGUCGUUAAACCCCAGCUAGCGGAUUAUUGGCAAGUGGGAACAUGGACUCCACUUUGUCAGAGCUUCCCAUUGUUUUCAAGAGAAUCUGGAAUUUGAGAACUUUAAAAAUACUCUUUGGGUUUGUUAAAGCAAAAAUCUUGUUUUGGUCAAAGAGAACCUGUCUCAGACUGAACACAGUCCACAGUGCUGCCAAUUAAAAAUUUGUGGGUAAAUGAACUUCA